GCACGCGGCGCCUGAGGCGCGCGGAUCCCCGCUGCCAGAGGACUAGGGCGGCCUCAUUUGCAUAACGACCGCCCCUCGCCUCCCCGCGCCCGUCCUGGUCCCGCCCCUCGCCCAACGUGAAAUCUGUUGGGCCACGGGCAGGUCACUCCGACUCAGGCAAGCCUGUAGCUGGCGAUCCCGGGAGCGGAUUGGUUCUGGGAGUUUCCAGACGGCGGCUGGGAGGCGGCUAUAAGAGCGGGGAACCGAGCGGGGGGAGCGGGGAGACGCUGGUGGUGCUCGCGGUGUGCGGUGCGAAGCGACCGUUAGUUGACGCCGCGCAUUUUCUGUCCUUGGUGUUCUCGUCUAACGCCCCUUGCCUUUCAGUCAGGAUGUCUGCCCGCGGCCCGGCCAUCGGCAUCGACUUGGGCACCACCUACUCGUGCGUGGGGGUCUUUCAACACGGCAAGGUGGAGAUUAUCGCCAACGACCAGGGCAACCGGACCACCCCCAGCUACGUGGCUUUCACCGACACUGAGCGCCUCAUCGGCGAUGCCGCAAAGAACCAGGUGGCCAUGAACCCCACCAACACCAUCUUCGACGCCAAGAGGCUGAUCGGACGGAAGUUCGAGGACGCCACUGUGCAGUCGGACAUGAAACACUGGCCGUUCAGGGUAGUGAGCGAGGGAGGCAAGCCCAAAGUGCAGGUGGAGUACAAGGGAGAGAUCAAGACCUUCUUCCCGGAGGAGAUCUCAUCCAUGGUCCUCACUAAGAUGAAGGAGAUCGCCGAAGCCUACCUGGGGGGCAAGGUGCAGAGUGCCGUCAUCACUGUCCCGGCCUAUUUCAACGACUCGCAGCGCCAGGCCACCAAGGACGCGGGCACCAUCACCGGCCUCAAUGUGCUGCGCAUCAUCAACGAGCCCACGGCGGCGGCCAUCGCCUACGGCCUGGACAAGAAGGGCUGCGCUGGCGGUGAGAAGAACGUGCUCAUCUUUGACCUUGGCGGCGGCACCUUCGACGUGUCCAUCCUGACCAUCGAAGACGGCAUCUUCGAGGUGAAGUCCACGGCCGGCGACACCCAUCUGGGCGGCGAGGAUUUCGACAACCGCAUGGUGAGCCAUCUGGCGGAGGAGUUUAAGCGCAAGCAUAAGAAGGACAUUGGGCCCAACAAGCGCGCGGUGCGGCGGCUGCGCACCGCCUGCGAGCGCGCCAAGCGCACCCUGAGCUCUUCCACGCAGGCUAGCAUCGAGAUCGAUUCGCUCUACGAGGGCGUGGACUUCUACACGUCCAUCACCCGCGCCCGCUUCGAGGAGCUCAAUGCCGACCUGUUCCGUGGGACCCUGGAGCCGGUGGAGAAGGCGCUGCGUGACGCCAAGCUGGACAAGGGCCAGAUCCAGGAGAUCGUGCUAGUGGGCGGGUCCACCCGCAUCCCCAAGAUCCAGAAGCUGCUGCAGGAUUUCUUCAAUGGCAAGGAGCUGAACAAGAGCAUCAACCCUGACGAGGCGGUGGCCUACGGAGCUGCGGUGCAGGCAGCCAUCCUCAUCGGGGACAAGUCAGAGAAUGUGCAGGAUCUGCUGCUACUCGACGUGACUCCGUUGUCGCUGGGUAUCGAGACGGCUGGCGGUGUCAUGACCCCACUCAUCAAGAGGAACACCACCAUCCCCACCAAGCAGACGCAGACCUUCACCACCUACUCAGACAACCAGAGCAGCGUGCUGGUGCAGGUGUACGAAGGUGAAAGAGCCAUGACCAAGGACAAUAACCUGCUGGGCAAGUUCGACCUGACCGGGAUUCCCCCAGCGCCCCGCGGGGUCCCCCAGAUCGAGGUCACCUUCGACAUCGACGCCAAUGGCAUCCUCAACGUCACAGCCGCUGAUAAGAGUACCGGUAAGGAAAACAAAAUCACCAUCACCAACGACAAGGGUCGUCUGAGCAAAGACGACAUUGACCGGAUGGUGCAGGAGGCAGAGAGGUACAAGUCAGAAGAUGAAGCCAAUCGUGACCGGGUCGCAGCUAAAAACGCGGUCGAAUCCUAUACCUACAACAUCAAGCAGACCGUGGAAGACGAGAAAUUGAGGGGCAAGAUUAGCGAGCAGGACAAAAACAAGAUCCUCGACAAGUGUCAGGAAGUGAUCAACUGGCUUGACCGAAACCAGAUGGCUGAGAAAGAUGAAUACGAACACAAGCAGAAAGAGCUCGAAAGAGUGUGCAACCCCAUCAUCAGCAAACUUUACCAAGGUGGCCCUGGCGGCGGCGGUUCGGGAGCCUCCGGGGGACCGACCAUCGAGGAGGUGGACUAAGCUUGCACUCAGUCAACGUAAACUUCUUUUCCUUUCUCUGUUUUUUUCCCUUUUGUUUUUGUUUUUUCUUUGAAUGUCCUUGUGCCAAGUACGAAAUCUAUAGUAGGGAGUCUUUAAGACCCGUGUAGGCAUGUGAAAGGAAAGGUGCAAUAACUUAGUUUCAUUAUAAAAGCUUAGUUCUAAAGUUUGAUUUUUAAAAACAUUAUUUGAGGUUUCUCUUUAAUGCAGUUUGCGUGUUUGCUGAAUUGAGCAUUUUUUGUUUAGCUUAGUUUGUGCAUGGAGAUUUGUUUGAAAUGAGUGAGAAACCUGAAGUUUGGGCACGUUCUGUGGAAGCUUGGUAACAAAAUAUAUAGAAGCUUGAAUUGUUUAUUUUUAUGUACUAUAAAGUGAACACUGCAGUAAUGUUAAUAAGGACAGGCAUAUCUUUUGCAAACAAAUGCGUAGGUACAAACUUGAAGUAAAGCUGAAAUUGAUCUCAAAAAAA